UCUGUUCCUCUGUUGUCUGCAUGUGUCAGUUGGGAUUUUCUAGCCAAAUCAACGCAGUUUUUCCUCUAAAUUGCAACGUUGUAGGUCUUUGUUUUACUUCUUUUCAGUUGUGUCCGGAUGAGAGAAUUAAUCGAUACAAAGUGAACGAAACUAAACCGUGAAGGUUUGAGGCUCCGUUUGUGACAGUGGAAAUGGGAAAGAAAAGGGGGAAGGACAAGAGCUCCAGGGAGGACGAUGACAUUGACCUGGCAGGUCCAUCCUGCAGGCAUAUAAAAAAGGGAACAGACCAAACUAUUAUAAAGAAACUCUCAGGGAAUUCUGAUUGGACGCGUUGCCAGGAUUGUAAGCAUGAAGAAAAUAAAGAAAAUAUCAGCACCACCGUGCCACAGGACUCUGAAGAGGAAAAGGAAACAACAGCCAUAUGGAUGUGCUUGAAAUGUGGCAAUAUAGGAUGUGGACGCAACUCUGAGAACCAGCAUGCCAUUAAACAUAAUGAGACUCCUCGGUCGGAUCCUCAUUGCUUGGUAAUCAGUUUGGACAACUGGAGUGUGUGGUGUUACAUAUGUGAUGAUGAAGUCCAGUACUCCAGAACCGGACAUUUGGCUCAGCUGGUGACCAACCUAAAAAAGCAAACUUCUGCAGAUCCCAUCAAGAGACCACCGACAAGAGCGAAGGAAGAAGACAUUGUGUUGGAAGUUGAGCAGAAGUCAGAGACUGUCAAGGCAGAGGAAAGUGAGGACAAUGAAGACAAGAGCCUUCAAAAGAAAAACGCCAAGAAAGAGAGUGUCGGGAUAUCAAAAAAGUCUGGUCCAUCUGCAGACAAUAGUGGUGUUUCAGUAAAGGGGCUGAGCAACCUGGGAAACACAUGUUUCUUUAAUGCAGUCAUGCAGAAUCUUUCUCAAACACAGCUCUUAAGACAGACUCUCAGCAAAGUGGCAGAAGACGGUAUUAGUCUUAACAUUACACCUGUUGCCUCCUCGGAUCUGGCACCUAUUUCAAUGCAGUUAGGUCAGCCUGGAUCCCUGACUUUGGCUAUGUGUCAACUACUCAAUGAGAUCCAGGAAUCUAAAAAGGGUGUGGUUACACCGCGGGAGUUGUUCACACAAGUUUGUAAAAAAGCUGCCAGGUUCAAAGGAUUUCAGCAGCAAGAUAGCCAGGAGCUGCUGCGCUACCUUCUGGAUGGGAUGCGAGCUGAAGAGAUCAAAAGAGUAAGCUCAGGAAUCACGGAAACAUUGAAAGAAUCUAGAAAAGGCAAAGAUGGAGAGCAGCUGAAAACAAUUGUGAAAGAGUACGAAAAAAAUGGAUUUCCCAAAAACUUUGUCGACCAAGUUUUUGGUGGGGAGAUGACCAGCACUAUAAUGUGUCAGCAGUGUAAAACGGUGUCUGUCGUCACAGAGAUGUUUUUGGACCUUUCCCUUCCCGUUUUUGAUGAGGCAUACAGAAAGAAGAACCAGAAAAAAGCAGUUCAGAACACCAGUGAGUCGAGCCAGGAUGGCGGAAACAGCCCUGCUUUGACAAACGGGAAUGAUGACAUUUCCAGCGGGUCUGGCAGCAAGUACCAGCAGAAGAAGGCAAAGAAACAGGCAAAGAAGCAGGCAAAGCAACACAAGAGACAGCAGAAGAUUGAGGGCAGAGUCACUUUGGACAGUCUCUCAUCUCCGGGCCACCUGGAGGGUGAACAGACCGAUCCUACUGCAGAUGCAAAGGAAAAUGCUGACAAUGUGACACAUGAAGAAGACAUAUUAAGUGAGGGGAAUCCUGCACAAAUCAGUGUGUCUGAACAGGUCCAGAAGAACCUUGACCCAGUCCAGGAUGAGAAGGACAAAGAGGAGGAGGUGGAGGAGGUGGAGGAGAAGGAGGAUGAUGAGGAUGAAGAUGACGAUGAGGAGGAGGUGAUUGACUGCGACUCAUUGGCUACGUCAUCGGUUGACAAUCGUGUUACUGUCUUAUUAGACGAGCAGCAGUCAAAGGACAGCAUCUUAGACGAUGACAACAUAUCUGACAUGGAUCUGAACCAAGAAGAGAAAACACAGCUGGCGAAUGAAAUGGAAAAAGUAACUCUGGAUGAUGCCUUCAUAGAAGAACCGGACGCCUUGGAUACAACUAUGGAGAGUGGAGAUGAGCCACUGGAGGCUAAAGAGUACACUGUAGUGAGUCAGGACCCGGAGCUGGCCUUCCGCACACUGGCUACCAGGACAGCCCCUGAGAAACAGGAGUGUUCGGUCCAGUCGUGCCUUUUUUACUUCACAGAAGUGGAAACCCUCACGCAGAACAACAGCCUGCUGUGUGUCACAUGCACGAAACGGCAGCCAAACAAAGACAACGCUGGAGGAGCCCAGAAGAAUGUCUACACUGAUGCCUUGAAGCAAAUGCUGAUCUCUUCUCCCCCACCAGUGCUUACCCUUCAUUUGAAAAGGUUUCAACAGAAUGGAUUCAGUAUUUGUAAGGUGAACAGACAUGUCCAUUUCCCCCUGAUCCUGGAUCUAGCUCCCUUUUGUGCGGUUCAAUGCAAGAACUUGACGGAGGGAAACGCUCAGAUUUUGUACAGUUUGUACGGUAUCGUAGAGCACAGCGGAACAAUGAGGUCGGGUCAUUACACAGCGUAUGUGAAAGCACGACCUGUGUGCCAUAACCCCUCAUCCAACGGAUUUACAGCUGAAGGACCUGUAGAGCCGCCCAGAGGAUCCUGGUUCCAUAUAAGCGACACAAGUGUUCAGCCUGCGAGCCAAAGUAAAGUCCAGAGCUGUCAAGCCUACCUCCUCUUCUAUGAAAGAAUCUGCUAAUUGAAUGGGGCCUUACUACUCAGAAAAUCCAACAAACCAACGUGCUUAUUCUGCUCUACAGUAUAAGGGAUCAGUUAACCAACCAGAUUUGUCAGUGACUGUGAUGCAAUGAAAUUGAUUAUACAGAAUGAACAUUUGAAACAAAGUUAAAGAUGUUCAUCACAGGUGUUUCAAGUAUUAAAAAGGACCGGCUGGAUGUUUCUAACACUCUGGAAAGGUGUCAGAAUGGACGUUAAACAGAUUGUGGUGUUGGAUUUGUUUGCAUUACAAAUCGAUUUCAGUAGGAAAAUGAAAUGUUGGGAACAUAAUUUGUAAAACAUAUUUAUGUCUAUUUUUAUCAAUGUAAUGUAAUGAAACCAUAAUGAAAUGCUUCAAAAUUA